GACUCAGGCGAAGAGGAAAGGCGGCGGCUGCCAUUUUGAGGGGUUUUUGCUCCGACUGCCGCUUCUUCGCCGCCUCCCGCUUCCCCUGGACCGAGGAACUCCUGCAAGCUAUCCUUCGCUUGAGAGGGGACAGGAGGGGGGGCUUCGCUCGCUCUCUUGCCUCCUGCCCUUCCCGCAAUAGGAGCUUCUAGCGCAGGGUCUGCCCGGCCCAGCUUCCCUUCGCUGCCACCGCCACUUCCUCCUCCUCUCGCCCUCCUCCUCCUCCUCCUCCCUCCGCCGCCGCCACCAUUUGCCCUCCCCCGGCGGCUCCGGGGCGCCGAGCUUAGGCUAUGGGGACCAGGCUGCUGGGGCUGAGCAGCGGCAGUGCGGGCGGCCCGGUCAUCGUGAACAGCGCAGAGGGGAUGGGGGAGCUCGGCGGCUUCUUGGUGGCUUUAUCUUGACAUGGCUCCUGCCCGUGCUGCUAGCAGCGCCGCCGCCGCCACAGCCUCCACUGCUCCGCCCGCGCCCGCCGGCUGCGGAUAGCGAGCCAGUCCAGGCCACACACUCUGCUCCGCUCUCUCUUGCCGCCUGCGCCUCCCGCCGAGGCUAAAAGGAGAGGGGGAGAGAAACUAAUUAUUUUUAUGAGGGAAGGUUGAAGGGGGGAGGGAAUUUUUUUUUUAAAAAAGGUUAAGUCCUAACUAAACAACUACGAAAGGGACAGGCGGAGUAAUCCUCCUUUUUAACGAUUUGAUUCGAUUUACCGAUCCUCAAAUAGAUAAAGUUUGCCGCCACCACAAAAGCCUACGUGCGCAAACGGCUAUUUUUGCUUACCUAUUUUUUUCCAAUUGAGAACUCCUGGCAUCCCUCCUCCAUACUUUCCUUUAAAAAGAAAGAAAUUGGAGCUCACUGAAUGCAAGAGUGAAACCCGGGCUGUAGACUGAGCCCCCCCUCCCCCUGCGCUGAGCACAGGCCCUUCUCUUCCUCUUCAGGUUGGCUAAGGAAGAGAAAAGCAACGGUAAGGAGGCUAACCGCACCAGCCAUGCCCAGCCCCAGCUAAACAGUGGCUCUUGCCGGCAGAGAGGGGGAUUGUUGCCCUUUUGGUGGGGGUAGACAGAAAGACAGCUGUUGGGGUAUGUAGGUCUCUCUCCCUGCUAGGGGAGUGCUAGAUAGACUGGAGAUCUUUAGGCCAGGUACUAUCUUUUAGCUUCCCUUUAAGCUUUUAUUAAUGGCCAUCAUGAUCCCUGUUUUCUCUAAGAAACACAGGCUCAGGGCGGCUAUAUGCCUGAUUAUGAGCAUGAUGAAGUUAGAAAUGACUCUGCUGUUUUCCAAACUUCUUGCUCUUCUGCAAACCAGCACUGUGUUGUCUGUGGUUGAUGAUUUUGUCGGUAGGGAAACGUCUUGCCUCCCAGGACAUCCACUCCUCUUCUGCACUCCUUCCUUUGCUUUCUACCAAGUCUAAUAAUUAUUUAAAAUUAAGCAGGCAGCAUAGCAAUAGCAGAAAUCUUGGUAAUAAUCAGCAGAGUCAUGAACCUGGGUGCAGUAGAACACUGUCUUUAAUUUCAGUUUUUUGUUUGGGUUUUUUGGGGGGUUGGGGCAAAGAAACAACGCCCAAAUGGAUUGGGUCCAUCCCCUUUAUUCCUUUUUUUUAUACAUAUAAAUUGUGAUAAGAUUUUUCUCCCAUUCUUGCCCCUUUAUUUCUGUGGUUUAAACUGUGUAUAUCAGUGUAUUUUCUUCAAAAAUCUUUUUGGCUUUUGAUAAUAUGUGCAAACCCUUUGUCCAGUAAUGGUUGGACGACUACUUACUUUGUUUUAUGACCCCUCUAGUAAGACAGUCUUGUAAAACAAUUGCCUGAGGUGCACUUUUGGGUUUUGCCUCUGUUUUAUUGAUUCAGUGGUAUAAGCAGGAAUAAAAUGACUUGUUUCUGUUGUACUUGAGUCUUAUGAAAAAAGGGCCCAUAGUUUAGUGACAGUUUCCAAAGGCUUUUGUACCAUCUGUAUUAUAAAAUGGGGGACCCAAACUCCCGGAAGAAACAAGCUCUGAACAGACUUCGUGCUCAGCUUAAAAAGAAAAAAGAAUCUCUAGCUGACCAGUUUGAUUUCAAGAUGUAUAUUGCCUUUGUAUUCAAAGACAAGAGGAAAAAGUCAGCACUCUUUGAAGUGUCUGAAGUGAUACCAGUUAUGACCAAUAAUUAUGAAGAAAAUAUCCUGAAAGGUGUGCGAGAUUCCAGCUAUUCAUUGGAAAGUUCCAUUGAGCUUCUUCAAAAGGAUAUUGUACAGUUGCAUGCACCCCGCUAUCAGUCUAUGCGCAGGGAUGUGAUUGGCUGUACACAGGAGAUGGACUUCAUACUUUGGCCUCGGAAUGAUAUUGAGAAGAUAGUCUGUCUUCUGUUUUCUAGAUGGAAGGGAUCAGAUGAUGAGCCCUUUAGGCCUGUUCAGGCCAGGUUUGAAUUUCAUCACGGUGACUAUGAAAAACAGUUUCUGCAUGUACUGAGCCGAAAGGACAAGACUGGAAUUGUUAUCAACAACCCUAACCAGUCAGUGUUUCUUUUCAUUGACAGACAGCACUUGCAGACUCCAAAAAACAAAGCUACAAUCUUCAAGUUAUGCAGCAUCUGCCUGUAUCUGCCACAGGAGCAGCUCACCCACUGGGCGGUUGGUACUGUAGAGGAUCACCUCCGCCCAUACAUGCCAGAAUAGGGUUCUGGCCAGCAAAAUGGGGAAAAUCACAGAAUGCAGGAGUGUAGUUUCCACUUUUCUCGCCAUUUAUUCUUUCGGAAUAGAAGAAAAUGGACACAUGUUCAGAACACUAUCCAUCGUGAAACUUGAUCAUCCUGGAUUAUUUUCUGUUAUCAUUUGUAUCUCAGAACUUUUUUUUAAGAUGUUUUCUGCAUGGACUUUAUGAAAGAGAAUGCUCUGCAUAUUUCUGCAUUGCAUGAGCAUCUUACCAAAAUGUGAAAUGAAGGGACUGUUACACACUGAAAGAAAUGUUAUCUGAGAGCACAAAAGCGAUCAUUUAUGGUGGUGUGUCCAUUUGUGCUGGUCAUGUCCCCUGUUUCAGUAUUCAUAGGGUGAAAAGUGAAUGUAAGGGUGUAAAAGCCUUCUAAGCUUUGCUUUUAACAUGAUUGUAUCACAGCUGUGUCAGAUUCAUUCUGAUCACUAGCUCUCUGGCUUGCUACAGUAGAUGGCUUACUAUGGGAAAGAAAUCUUUUAAGGAAGAAAAGCAUUUCAUUCAUUGUAGGCAUUAAUUGCCUCUCUUAUUUUGCUUGGCCAUGUUUGAGUUUACUGGCAUUCUCAUUUUUUGAUCUCUUUCCCCAGUUUGCUGUAUAACUAAAUGUAGAGUGUUCUGUUAAGUUUAAUACAUUUUACAGACCUGGGGUCUGAAGUAGCCUGAAGCAGCUAAAUUAAAAAUAGCAGCUGCAGAAACCAUGUUGGCAGAGGAUUAUUUUUUUUUUCCUGAGAGUUGACUUGUAAAAUUGCUGGUGAACCGAGUAGGAAAUACUGGUUUCCAAAACAUUUCUUAUGUGGAAAACCCUCUGAGGUUCUUUGGGGGUGGGGGGAGGAAUAAGAUCUAAAGCAUUUGUGGAUUUAAUUGUAAAAUAUUGUUUGGAGUGUCAAAGUUGGUUUUGACAGAACAUAUUUUGUUUAAGAUUGUGCAAUGAACAUAAGAAAGACUACUGUAUAGUUUUGGCAAAGAACGCUUUGCUUAUGGGUUGAGUAAUUUUACUGAAGUAAAUCUGUAUAAGCCAACUCCCUUUGGGUAAACCUAGUGCUUAUAUGUUUAAAAUUUGUAUUUAGCUUUUGUUUGGAAUUGGAACAAAUUGAAAUAAACAAAUUAGUUGAACAA